UUCCCUCAGCUCACCGGGGCCCACGUCGACCAGCGCCUGUCCUAUGAGUGUGUCACUGGUGGUCAUCCGACUGGAGCUCGCGGGUCACUCGCCGGUCCCCGCCGACUUCGACUUCAGCGCCGCCGCUGGAGAGAUGUCCAAUGAGGAGAUCAAAAAGAAGACAUUGGCUUCAGCUGCGGCCUGCCUAGAAGGGAAGUCGCCAGGGGAGAAAGCAGCAGUCAUACACCAGCACCUCGGCCGUCGGGAAAUGACCGAUGUGAUCAUUGAGACCAUGAAGGCCAGCACAGAUGAGUUGCAAGACACAACAGAAGAAAAGAAGCCCUCAGCAGCCCCCGUCUCUGCACAGAGAAGUAGAGAGCAGAGAGAGUCUGUGAACACAGCCCCAGAGUCUCCAUCCAAACAGCUCCCAGACCAGAUCUCCUUCUUCAGCGGCAACCCUUCCGUUGAAAUCGUCCACGGCAUCAUGCACCUGUACAAGACAAAUAAGAUGACCUCCCUGAAAGAAGACGUGCGGCGCAGUGCCAUGCUGUGUGUCCUCACGGUCCCUGCCACCAUGACCAGUCAUGACCUUAUGAAGUUUGUUGCCCCAUUCAACGAUGUAAUUGAGCAAAUGAAAAUCAUCCGGGACUCUACUCCAAAUCAGUACAUGGUGCUGAUCAAGUUCAGUGCACAGCUUCAUGUCCUGGAUAGGUGUCCUGUGUGCCGGUACUGUCAAACGCCAGAGCCAGUGGAAGAAAACAAGUGUUUUGAGUGUGGUGUCCAGGAAAACCUCUGGAUCUGUUUAAUAUGUGGCCACAUAGGAUGUGGGCGGUACGUAAGUCGACACGCUUACAAGCACUUUGAGGAGACCCAGCACACGUAUGCCAUGCAGCUCACCAACCAUCGUGUCUGGGACUAUGCCGGAGAUAAUUAUGUCCAUCGGCUGGUUGCAAGCAAGACAGAUGGAAAGAUCGUUCAGUACGAGUGUGAGGGCGACACCUGCCAGGAAGAGAAGAUAGAUGCCUUACAGUUAGAGUACUCAUACUUGCUGACAAGCCAGCUGGAAUCGCAGCGGAUAUACUGGGAAAACAAAAUUGUGCGCAUCGAGAAGGACACGGCUGAGGAGAUUAACAACAUGAAGACCAAGUUUAAAGAGACCAUCGAGAAGUGUGACAGCCUGGAGCUUAGACUCAGCGACCUCCUGAAGGAGAAGCAGUCUGUGGAGAGGAAGUGUACUCAGCUGAACACCAGAGUGGCCAAGCUCAGCACGGAGCUACAGGAGGAGCAGGAGCUGAACAAGUGUCUCCGGGCCAACCAGCUACUUCUACAGAACAAGCUGAAGGAGGAGGAAAAGCUGCUGAAGGAAACCUGUGCCCAGAAGGACCUGCAGAUCACUGAGGUCCAGGAGCAGCUGCGUGAUGUCAUGUUCUACCUGGAGACACAGCAGCAGAUCAGCCACCUGCCAGCAGAGACGAGGCAGGAGAUCCAGGAAGGGCAGAUCAACAUUGCCAUGGCCGCAGCCCCCAACCCACCCCCCUCCAGUGCUGGUGGGAAGCUGCAGUCCAGGAAGGGCCGAAGCAAGAGGGGCAAGUGACCUUCAGAGACUCGUCCCUGAGACUUCCUGGGCACCACAGGGUGUGCUGGGACCUUUGCUGAGCGGGAGGGUGGGCCCUAAUAAGUACGUCUGAGGACGAAUUGCGGUAGUGUGGCUCCUUCAUUUGUUGCGUGUGGUGUGAGGAGACUAAAAGAGGGGCGGCGUUGGCAGCACUUCCCAAGGGGGAGUCACAGCGCAGACACCUCAUGGCCAUUCUGCCCUCCAACUGGGUAGCCCCCAGGCUUAUGCGUUUUUCCAUUGUAUUUAUUCAGUUGGAGCACUUGCAGUUGGGUUCCAGGGUAAAUCUGUGACAUACGUGAUGUGACCUCCCAGGCAACAUUCCCUAGCACUAAAGCACAGUGCCUCCCAGAGGCCCCAGCUGCCUUCAGGAGAGGAGCCUGCUGCCCACUGCAGAGGAUCUCUCCUGCCAUCCCUCCUUCCCUGCCCCUGCGGAGUUGAAGAGCAGCUUGCGCGUCAUAGAGAAGGGGCUAGGCUAUAAACCAGGCACAGGCUUGUCCUCAGCAGCCUGGCUUGAGGGCAGGUGGAGUAGACCCAGUUUAGAGAAGAUGGUGACUGGUGACAGCUUUCUUUAUUUCUGAUGACUCCAUACAGAGUGUGCCUGUCAGAUAAGAAAAGCCGUACUGGCUCCUCCUCAGCUCAGGUAACUGAGUGUCCUCCAUCUAUUGGGAGUCAAAGGGAAGCCUAGUGAAAGGCCUCCGACAAGCUGAUAUGUGUUGCUGGAGUCAAGCUGAUAUGUGUUGCUGGAGUCGGUGUACUGACUAUUUACAAGCAGGGCCGCAUGUUCAGGUCGCAGCUAGAGGGAGCUUGGGCAGAUUUCAGUUACUCUUUUAUGAUAGUUUCAAAGGCUGCUUCUCACUCCAGAAAACGGCUUCAGCAGAGCCUUUUCCAAACAGCCAUACAAUACUUACUGUGACCAACAGAGGGGCUGUGUGCCUCUCUCUAGAGCCAGGAACAUCAGGUAACUUGUAACAAAUUAAUGGAACAGAAUUGAGGGGACACCAUGUUUGGAUUUAGCUUCUAGAAGAGUCUGGGCAGUUGACGACAGUGUGUAGUACAGUUUAAUUUUUUGCUUUAUCAUCAGCCAAAGGUUUAAAAUGUCACACUUUAGGGACUUUUUUUUUCCAACUGACUGGACCUCAUCCUUUGACCGGAAUGUCUGACAUGUCACCACAUUGCCUGUGUUGCUGAUCACCGUCCAGUUCUGUGGAAUGUGCCGUGGCAUUUCCCAGAACCCCACCUGUGACUGCGCAAUGAGUGUGCUCAGACUCAGACCUCCCUGGCUCUUCCUUAGGGCAGGCCAGCACUCCAGAUCUUCAGGCCUGAGCCACACAGACACUUGGAGCUGCGGCAGGAGCAGAGCCACCUCUUACAGAUCUCAUGUUUUAUCUAGAACACGUUUUACACUGUUACAGUCUCGACGGCUCAGCCCCGCUUGUCUUGCACAUCUGACCUUGUAGAAGCUGGGGUGGGUGGUAGCAUGCUAAUUAAGAGAACUGGAAGUACUUUCCAAAGCUGGCUCCCCAUUUCAUUACAACCCACCCAGCAGCCCUGCCGCCCAGAUGAGAGCAGCACUUCACAACACAGGUUGGGGAAAAUGCCUGGGAAGGCUGUGGCCAGAGGAAGCAGCCGACGGGCUGAGGUUUCCAAACUACUUGAAGGUCUUUAAAAAUGUUCCAGGAAAACAAAAAUCAAGAUGUGUAAAUAAAAUGUUAUUUUAAAAGGUCAAA